AUGCAGCCUGUACCAGCGCACCACAACCAUGCCCGGGCCCUACACGCGGCCACUUUUCUGCUUGUCCUUCUUUUCAUUCUCAUUCAACUUGUGCGAAGCCGCGAGGAUGCCUACGAGAUCAUUGACGUAGACCCCCUGGUACCGGUGCUGAAGCCGAAAAAGGGCACUCCUGCUACCGUGGACACCGACGUAUACUUGAGGGUGCUUGCUGAGAAGCAUGGCCUCACACGAAACUUUUCUUUGUUUUCUCAGCGAUUCCGCGCGGUCCCCGAGGCCCGACAACGCCUCUCCAUGACAAAUAUACAAAAAGUCUUCGCGGACAGCGACUUCCACAGCGUCAACUGGGACGAUAAAACGCUUCCGCUGGAUGCCGGCGGAAAUGCCAUCUUGCCCAUCGCAACAACGCCCGUACCGGGCAAUAUUGACGCUUCGGACUUGCUCUUCGGCGUCUCGACAACUUACAAUCGGCUCACGAACGCCGACGACUCCCUCAUCAGGGACUGGCAACGAUGGCUGACGGACGGACGCGGCACCUCCAACGGUGCGACAGUCAUCGUAGCACUCUACAAUACAACCAUCCGAGAAGCUUGGACUUUGCACGACAAGUUCAAGGAUACCGGGAUCGACGCCACGGUGUUGAUACUGGACGACGAACUGGACAACGUUUCGAGAUAUUUUGAACUCGUCGAUAUCCUCCUGGAGAUCAGGAAAGCGUUGGCCGAGGACGGACAGACGAAGAAGUACCUCGGAAUCGUCGACGAUGACAUCUUCUUCCCGACCAUGGGACAGCUCCUUUCGAGGCUCUCCAAGUUCGACGCCCAGAGCCCCUUUUACAUCGGGCUCCCGAGCGAGCGCCCAGACUGGUCGGUCGAAGACGACACGGCAGUCACGCACGGCGGCGGCGCCGUCAUCCUCAGCCCAUCCGCAGCCUCGACCAUCUCCAAGCUUCCAUGCUACCCCGCCGACAGACCGCCCUUUGCGAACGCGACGCACUGGGAUGUCAUGCUCUCUGAUUGCGUCGCGAAACAUACCGACAUGCCUCUUCAUGUCCUCUCGAGUUUCUACUCGCCGAGGGAUGCCCUGUACAACAUGCAAGCGCCGACUUACGACCUCGGAAUCUCCCCCUUUACGCUCCGCCACUACCGUUCCCGCCAUCGCUUCGACCCCAGCAGAGCGCAUCUAGUGACGUCGGUCUGCGGCGAGGGCUGCUUCCUCCAGCGUUUCCGUUUCGCGGACGACUGGGUGUUGGUGAACGGGUACUCCCUCACGCACUACUGCGCGGGGUUCGAGAUGGUACCCAUGUCGAGCCAUGCGGCCCUGCAGGGGGCGAUGCAGUACGGUUUGGAGGCGGAGCUGCCGCUGGGCAAGGGCAUUGUGCUUGACGGGAAGAGCGAGAAGAAGGAGAUUGUGACGUGGAGGGGGACGAGAAACGUGUGGUCCUUCUUGGAUGCCAUUGCCGGGGAUGACGGGGAGGUGUGGCAGGUGUACGUGAAAAAGGGGGGCGGGCGACAAGCGGAUGACGAAGAGCGUGUCGAGGAUACUGCGGACUCUGUCAUUGUUCUGAUUUGGGAGCUUUGA